AUGGAAACCCCUCUGCAGCUGCACAACGAUUUCUUCCCAGAGCGGCAGCAGUUCCAGCACUGUAAGUACCAGCACUACUGCGGGCGGGAGGAUCGUCUCGGCCAGCAGCCGCACGACCGAGGCUGCACCUGCAGUAGCUGCACCUGUGACGCGCGGAAAAGCCUCAUCUUUCGCGGGACGUCGCCGACCACUGUGGGAACUUUGAGGACCCCUUCGGAGACGUCUUCCAAGCAAGGUUGCCAGUACAGCGUGUGCGAGUUCACACCUUCUAGUCAUGGUAGUUCAUCCAGACACCAUCCUCCGCCUCCUCCGCCUCCUCCUCCUCCUCCUCCUCCUCACCACCAUCAGCAGCAGCAGCAGCAGCAGCAGCAGUGCCGCGGUCGGGGCAGCCUGGGCAGCGGCCACAAAGACACUAACUCCUACAAUGAAAUAGCCAUGAGCAGCUGCAGAUACAACGGCGGCGUCAUGCGUCCGCUGAGCAACUUGAGCUCGUCCCGCAGAAACAUACACGAGUUUGAUUCCGAGUCCCAGCCACUGCAGCCCAUCUCAGCCGCGGAUGCGUCGGAACCUCUGUCGUCCAAGCCGGAGAACAAUUCCACCACCCUGAUGCCUUACGCAUCGGGGGACGCGGGGGGAGGCUGCGGCCACAGCGGCGGCAAAUCGGGGAAGAAGAAGAACCAGAACAUUGGGGAGAAGCUCGGGCACCGGAGGGCCCUGUUCGAGAAGAGGAAGCGUCUCAGCGACUAUGCUUUAAUCUUUGGGAUGUUUGGGAUCGUUGUUAUGGUUAUAGAGACGGAACUCUCAUGGGGAGCCUAUGGAAAGGAGUCCCUGUAUUCAUUAGCUCUAAAAUGCCUGAUAAGCCUUUCUACAAUCAUCCUCCUGGGGCUGAUUAUCAUUUACCACGCCAGAGAGAUACAGUUAUUUAUGGUGGACAACGCAGCCGAUGACUGGAGGAUAGCCAUGACGUAUGAGCGCAUCUUCUUCAUCUGCCUGGAGAUCCUGGUGUGCGCCAUCCACCCAAUCCCAGGGAACUACACCUUCACCUGGACCGCGCGCCUGGCCUACUCCUACGUGCCAUCCAAGACAGAUGCGGACGUGGACAUCAUCCUGUCCAUACCCAUGUUCCUGCGGCUGUACCUCAUCGCCCGUGUCAUGCUGCUGCACAGCAAGCUCUUCACGGACGCCUCCUCCCGCAGCAUCGGGGCACUCAACAAGAUUAACUUUAACACACGCUUUGUGAUGAAGACCCUCAUGACCAUCUGUCCUGGCACUGUGCUGCUGGUCUUCACCAUCUCGCUGUGGAUCAUUGCUGCAUGGACUGUGAGAGCUUGCGAGAGGUACCAUGACAACCAGGACAUAACCAGCAACUUUCUAGGAGCCAUGUGGUUGAUCUCAAUCACGUUUCUUACCAUUGGAUAUGGGGAUAUGGUCCCAAACACGUACUGUGGGAAAGGAGUCUGCCUCCUGACUGGCAUCAUGGGUGCUGGCUGCACUGCUCUGGUGGUCGCAGUGGUGGCAAAGAAACUGGAAUUAACCAAAGCUGAAAAACACGUCCACAAUUUUAUGAUGGACACCCAGCUAUCAAAAAGAGUGAAAAACACAGCUGCGAAUGUUCUCAGGGAGACGUGGCUCAUCUACAAGAACACUAAACUGGUGAGGAAGAUGGACCACGCCAGAGUCAGGAAGCACCAGAGGAAAUUCCUCCAAGCCAUUCACCAAGCUCGAAAAUUGAGAAGUGUUAAAAUGGAGCAACGCAAGCUGAAUGACCAAGCAAACUCUCUAGUGGACCUUGCUAAGACUCAGAACAUCAUGUAUGACAUGAUAUCGGACUUGAACGAGCGAGGUGAGGACAUGGAGAAGAGGAUUGCCUUGCUGGAGACAAAGCUGGAGACUCUAUUGAGUAACUUGCAGGCUCUGCCAGGACUCAUCAGCCAGGUCAUCAGCCAGCAGCACAGGGACUUCCUGGAGGUGCAGCUCCAGCCUUAUGACAAACACAGCCCUGAGCGCUCACAGUCAGUGUCCCGACGGAGGUCGUCCUCCACCGCACCGCCCACCUCCUCCGAGAGCAGCUAG